UUUAAAUUACCUCGUAAUUUACUAAACCUAAUUGAAAAGUACAAAAUGUUAAUACCAACAUGUCUUAUAAAAUUAUUGGAAUUAAUACUCACAAUAGCCUGUUUAACAUUACAUCACUACAGUUACGAUUUAACAGACAUUCCGACGUUAAUGCUAUGUUCUGGAACGUAUGUGGGCUACAUUGUGGUGCUCUCUGGAGAAAUUGUUGGGGAAAUGCUAUUCGCGCCCCUGGACUUAGUACAAGAUAUGUACUUCGGUAUUGUUGGAGUUGGUUUGUUCGCGAUCAGCGGGGGCUUCGUGCUGUCAGCCAGGACGAAAAGCACACCAUAUUCAAGGACGGGGGACCAUAAUGCAGCUCUAUUGGCUGGCUCUCUGGCAAUACUCAAUGCUUUUAUAUUGCUCUUCGAUUUGAGUCUGGCGUAUUUGGACUCUGAGCAGUAUGACGAUGAGGCGAGCGUGUAGCGUGAUUUGGUGAAGCAGUAUCAGCAGCGGCGGAUGCCUACAUAGACGCUUGGUGGUCAGCUAUCGGGGGUGUUUUAUACGGCGCGUGUGGUGCUCUCACAUUACAUGGAUGGCGUGAAGUUCCAG